GUUAUUCCCCUAUCAUGAAAUUCGCACAGGGUCUUCCAACGCAUCAACCGCGCACGCGUGACAAUAGAAAAGCAUAAAGAGCUCUGCUUCUCAGUAAGAAGCAUGACAAUAGACACCGCCACCAUGGAAGACAUCCAGGCCGAGGCCGAGGAGCUCCGUCUCCAACUCUCCUCCCUCCACUUCAACUCUGCAGCUCCACCUCUUAACCAAGACUUACAUAAUAAUAAUACUGAGAACAAUUUUGGUGAUGGCCAAGAAGUGUUCUACGACGACGACGGUUUGCUUUUCAAUAUUGGGUUCGGAAAUGUGAUCGUCGUUGAUAACCUUCCGAUUGUGAAGGCGGAGAUGGCCCAGCAGCUCGAAAGCGAAAUCCGACGAGUGUUUAGUGAAGUUGGUGUUAUUAAAGAAGAUGGGUUUUCGAUGCCUCUUAAUCCCCUGAACCAGAAAACCUUGGGUCGUUGUUUUAUAGAGUUCAGUUCUCGUCAGGAAGCUGAACUUGCUAGGGUCAAGAGAGAUGGAUACAACUUCAAUACACAAGCGCUGUCAGUAACCCUGUAUGAUGACUUGGACAGGUUCAUUGAUAUCACUGAUGUGGGGACAACACCAGAAACUAAUCCAUCUGCUUGUUUGAUUAAAUCUAUGAUGCAGUCCUCAAGGUAUUCAGGGCCACCAUCCUUACUCAGUCCCUUGAAAGUGGAAGAUGAAGUACCUGGAGAAGAACGUCAAGAAGGCCAAGGCAGAGAACUGGGACAGCCAAAGGAGCAAGAUUUAGGGAAAGUCACUGCAUCAAUGGGAGUGAUGGGUUUUGGAGGGGAAUGAUAGAAUGAAGUAUGGAAAUGCGCAUGAAAAUUUAAAGGGAUGAAGAUUCCAAUGAAGGGAAGGGAGACGUGCUGAAAUCAAUUGAAUUUUAAGUGCUGUAAUUUUGAAGAUCAAGUCCGGGCUGGAUUUACUUACGAGUGAAUAUACCAAAAAAUUUCAUCC